AUGGGAAAGACGCGAGCUUCCAUGUCCUCAUCAUCUGGCUUGAAGAAAGAGAAUUAUAAUGGCAUUGGUGAUUGCUGUUUUGUUGUUUUUAAAGGAGCACUUCAAGCUAACGGCGGAACUCUUCCCUGUUUUAAAUGCAAUAAAUCUUUUACGACAACGUUCAGUCUAAUUGCCCAUAUCAGAAGAUGUCGGAAGCCUAUAGCGAAUUGUCCGACAUUCACCGACUACAAAAAAGCAAUCGCUCAUCUAGAUUCUUGUAUUCGACCGAUGUAUUUUGCCUACUUAGAAGGACGUGCGGAUGAGUUUCGUCUUUUGGACAAGAAAACCAAGGCUCGUUACGUUCGGGAGGGAAUGGCCACAAAUCUACAGUUGCCGUGUCUAGAGUGUGGUCGUUCGUUCACCCAUCAGUAUGGGCUUAUCUAUCACAUCGAACGGUGCAAUGUCGACGAUGAACUAGCGAAAGACUUCAGCGCUGAAGAAGCCUUGCAUGCUAUACUUGGACCCUAUCGCUCCAUUUCGCUUCGUCUUAAAACAUGCGUUGGUAUUUUUGAUUUCAGUUCUGUUUUACCGUUCACACUGAAAGAAUCUGUCGGAUUUCGGAUAUUUGAGAGUAAGAAGCAGGAUAAUGAAAAGAACGUUCCGACAUCAUGUCGUCGCUUACAAGCGCUGAACACCGUUGAACUAGAAAAUGGUGACGAAUAUGUGACCAUUGCAUACUGUGGAGGGCCCAUCAAUGCAAUUCGUGUAGCUCCAAAUUCCAUGCCUAGUGAACCAGAAUUCUUAUCGCUGAAUUUAUUUAGGAAGAAAGAUGAACGAUGCUUGAAACCGUGUGAUACUUUCUGGCAUUUCAAAGCACAGCGAGAAUCUGGAUGUAUGACAACUUUUCUGAGUGAUGCACUUACUUUCAGACUCGAUACAACCUCUGUACCUUCUCCAUCUUUACACUCACAAAACUUUCCGAUCGUUGAGCCAAACCCUGCCAUUAUUCUGGAACAGGAAAAGUUUUUUGACAAACCGAGCGACGCGAACUCCUACUCAUUUGCCCCUCCUAUUCAUACUAUGGCUUGGAGUGCUAGAACUAAUGCGCAACACAUAGUUGGUGUGAAUGCGGCAGGGGCCGCAGUCAUUUGGGAUCUACAGCGUUCGUCUGAUGCUCCACACGUCCUGCUUGAUCCCGCUUGGUCUUCACCAGCAACAUCUGCCGCGUUCAUUAACACUUUUGAAGGUAACGUAGCAUUAUCGUUCCGUGAGAGGAUGGUUCGCGUGUAUAAUAUUCGUACAUACGAAUGUUCGCUAGAGGAAAAUACUGUCCGCACUGCAGGGUCUCGUGUCAGUUCACAACCUCGUUUGCUUCCUGGAUUUUUUGCUUUUCAAGCGGAGUACUUCUCAUCUGGUACUGUGCCAAGUAACGGGGUUUGCUUCAUCUGCACAGAAGCGAAAUCAGAUGGUUAUUUCGUGCUUCCUCUUGCAAAUAAACAUGAACUUAUGACUUGGGAUGUUACGACGUCACCUACAAAUGCAGUUGUUGCGAGCUGUGGGGUGGAUGGAAGACUUCUCUUGUCAGCUAAUGGACGUCUGGCAACAUUCGGAAGUUCUAUGGAUUUUGCGUUUAGCGUCCUGAAGUCUGCUCUCGCAAUAACACGACGACGUGUCAGCGACCCUGAGUCACAACGUCUGGGAAAUCUGAAGAAUAGUUCAGAGACUGCGGAAGGCAAGGAACCUCAUCCGCAAGCAUGUCCUAGCUACACAACGCAUGAAGAUACUUUGCAGCAUUUGUGGUUGGACAUAUCGUUGAAGCCUGAGACGCAAACCCGACGUACCCGAUUGGAUUAUUCCGCCUUGGAUCUACGGAUAGAAUCACUGAAUUGUGUGGCAACGAAUAACCUAUUGAGGUACAGUUGUGGUUUUUCUUUUUACUGUAGUUAA